UGCCAACAUUGAGGGAAGUAAGUCACUAGUUGCUGGGCAUUCUGGUGCAUCCAGCUGGCUCAUUUGAUGCCAGCACAGAUUAGGAUGCCCGCGAGGUGAUGUGCCCGUGCACAUUUAGUUUUUGAGCCCCUUUGGAGGUUUAGUCUUUACUGAAUCUGACAGUGAAUGUGGUUGAGAUAACUGUGCCAGGCUAAACACCAUACAAAGUCAAUCCCCAUGAACAAGCCCUCGGCUGGGAGUGUGCGCACGGGGCUUACUGGAGCUGGCACACUGAUCGGACAUCAUCAUUUUGGAGGGCCUUCCUGCUCUUCUCGCAACCCCGAAAAAUAGCGUUAACUGAAGUCUGUCAAUCCAGUAAAUUCUUCAGUUACCUUGUCGGUCUGCUACAGAGGUCAAAAUGGCUGAGCGCACCGUUCCUCAUGCCUACCCGAUGAGUAUGGAUUACGAGAUGUGUUCACCCCCUCGAAUCUAUGAUCAGAACUUUGCAGAAGCACUGAGUCCCAAGGACCUCUUGGCCCCCGUCCUGUACCACGGUUACUACAUUCGUCCCCGCAUCAACAAGCAGCUCGAGCGGGGCUUCUCUCAGGUGGAAAGCGAAGAUGACUGGUAUCGAGUUUUGCUGGACGUGUGUCAGUUCACCCCGGAUGAGAUCAGUGUGCGAACAGUGGACAACCUGUUGGAGGUGACUGGGCGGCACGCUCAGAGAAUGGACCAGCAUGGCUUUGUAAGUCGUGAGUUUACUCGCACAUACAUCCUACCGAUGGGCGUGGAUCCGCUGCUGGUGCAGGUGUCUCUCUCGCACGACGGGAUACUGUGCAUCCAGGCACCGCGAAAGACCGACGACCUGGAGCCUAAAAUCAACCAGCUCACGAUUAAAGUGGACAAGAAGGAGAGCAAAAGUUAAUAGGAUGGACUUGAUGUAAGCAGGCCCACAUGGAAUCUCCGUAGAAAAGUCUACGGAGCUGGAUUGCCCAGUAUUUGCGUGCUCAUUUAUUAAAUGUUUCUGAUUUUUUGAA